AUGGGGGUCUGUGGGUACCUGUUCCUGCCCUGGAAGUGCCUCGUGGUCGUGUCUCUCAGGCUGCUGUUCCUUGUACCCACAGGAGUGCCGGUGCGCAGCGGAGAUGCCACCUUCCCCAAAGCUAUGGACAACGUGACGGUCCGGCAGGGGGAGAGCGCCACCCUCAGGUGCACAAUUGAUAACCGGGUCACCCGGGUGGCCUGGCUAAACCGUAGCACCAUCCUCUACGCUGGGAAUGACAAAUGGUGCCUAGACCCACGUGUGGUCCUCCUGAGCAACACCCAAACCCAGUACAGCAUCGAGAUCCAGAACGUGGAUGUAUAUGACGAGGGCCCGUAUACCUGCUCUGUGCAGACAGACAACCACCCAAAGACCUCCAGGGUCCACCUCAUUGUGCAAGUAUCUCCUAAAAUUGUGGAGAUUUCUUCAGAUAUCUCCAUUAAUGAAGGGAACAAUAUCAGUCUCACCUGCAUAGCAACGGGUAGACCAGAGCCUACGGUUACCUGGAGACACAUCUCCCCAAAAGCUGUGGGCUUUGUGAGUGAAGACGAGUACCUGGAAAUCCAGGGCAUCACACGGGAGCAGUCGGGGGACUAUGAGUGCAGUGCCUCCAAUGAUGUGGCCGCACCAGUGGUCCGGAGAGUAAAGGUCACCGUGAACUACCCGCCGCACAUUUCAGAAGCUAAGGGGACAGGCGUCCCCGUGGGACAGAAGGGAACACUGCAGUGUGAGGCCUCAGCUGUUCCCUCUGCAGAAUUCCAGUGGUACAAGGAUGACAAAAGACUGGUUGAAGGAAAGAAGGGGGUCAAAGUGGAAAACAGACCUUUUCUCUCAAAACUCAUCUUCUUCAAUGUCUCCGAGCAUGACUAUGGGAACUACACCUGUGUGGCCUCCAAUAAGCUGGGCCACACCAAUGCCAGCAUUACACUAUUUGAACUAAAUGAGCCUACAAGCUCAACUUUGUUGCAAGAAGUGAAAACUACAGCCCUGACCCCUUGGAAAGGCCCCGGCGCGGUCAGCGAAGUGAACAACGGGACGUCGAGGAGGGCAGGCUGCAUCUGGCUGCUACCUCUUCUGGUCCUGCACCUGCUCCUCAAGUUUUGAUGUGAGUGCCACUUCCCCCACUGAGGAGAAGCUGCUGCCACAGCAACCGCCCACCACAGCAAUGGCAACUCCGACAGCAACGAGAGCACCCCUGUUUCUUAUGAGCUAGAAUCAAAUGAAAUUCCGAGACACAGAGCCUCAUGGGACACAAAUUCGAGGGAGGGAACAAAGAAUACUUUGGGAAAACAUGUUUCAAAGGGAAAUUGAAAAUCGCCUUGCAGGCCUUGCAGAUCCGUAGGCACAGCUGAGUUUUCUUUCUUUGCCCAAACGGAAAGAACGCACACCUGACUUGGGACCCACCCGCAGCUGCAUUGUGACCUGUUUGUGCUCAGGGUGGGCCGGGCUCAGCCACUCUGCCCACUAACUUGCCCCCGGCAAGGAAAAUUCUGGAGUCGGCCAUCCCAAAUUCAGUAGAGACGAACACAGAAUGAGUUGUGCAGGCCCAGAUGUGCCACUGUGGCCCCUUUCAGAGA